GAAUGCAGAGUUCAGGAUUACCCUAUGUACAGAGUGCAGGGUUUAGGGGUGCACUAUGUACAGAGUGUAGGGUUCAGGUAAGCAUUACAUACAGAAUGCAGAGUUCAGGAUUACACUAUGUACAGAGUGAAGGGUUCAGGAUUACACUAUGUACAGAGUGCAGGGUUUAGGGGUGCACUAUAUACAGAGUGUAGGGUUCAGGUAUGUGUUACAUACAGAAUGCAGAGUUCAGGAUUACCCUAUGUACAGAGUGCAGGGUUUAGGGGUGCACUAUAUACAGAGUGUGGGGUUCAGACCAGAUAUAGUGAAUGCAGGGUCCGGGGAGACCGGAUAUAGUGAAUGCAGGGUCCGGAGAGAGACCAGAUAUAGUGAAUGCAGAGUCCGGGGAGACCGGAUAUAGUGAAUGCAGGAUCCGGGGAGACCGGAUAUAGUGAAUGCAAGGUCCGGGGAGAGCAGAUAUAGUGAAUGCAGGGUCCGG